AUUGUGCAGUCCUUCUUGUUUACGCAUGCGGGUGAAACUUUACGAAAACAAAGUGAAUCGAUCGUUUUGGCAAUAUAUAGUACAACGUGGCAUAAACUGUCGCCCUCUGUAGUGAAGGAUUUCAUAUUUAUUAUGAUGAGAACGAAGAUCCCUCUUCAACUUACUGCCGGAAAAUUUUUUUAUAUAACUCGAAGCACUGUUACAGAUAUUCUGAAAACUGCAUUGUCAUAUAUAUCGUUUAUACAGAUGGCAGUGGAAUAA